AUGUCCACUAAUCAACCGUCACAGGCGGUCCAGAUCGUCAAUGAAGACCAGCACUUCAACAAAAACAUCUUGUCGUAUGUCAAUGGCAUCACCACCAAUGACAUUGGGCUCAAUUACCACAUCAUCUCAGUGUUUGGUUCCCAAUCUACAGGGAAAUCCACGCUUCUUAACGCCCUUUUUGGCACCAAGUUCGACGUGAUGAACGAAUCCAAAAGACAACAAACCACCAAAGGGAUUUGGUUAGCGUAUGCCUCGCAGAUUGCCUCAAAAAAUGACCACAUUGUCAAUGAUCCACAAACGAGUCCUACCAAAAACAACAACCAUAAUAACAUUCUUGUGAUGGACGUUGAAGGUACUGAUGGGAGAGAACGUGGUGAGGACCAAGAUUUCGAAAGAAAGGCGGCGCUAUUUGCGUUAUCGACCUCCGAAAUCUUGAUUGUCAAUAUUUGGGAACACCAAGUGGGAUUGUACCAAGGAGCCAACAUGGGGUUGUUGAAGACGGUAUUCGAAGUGAAUUUGUCAUUGUUUGCCCAUAGUAACCCAAAGAAGUGUCUUUUAUUGUUUGUCAUUAGAGAUCAUGUCGGGACUACUCCGUUGGACAGUUUGAGCCAGGUGUUAACUGAGGACAUCACCAAGAUCUGGGACAGCUUGAACAAACCAAAGGAACUAGCCAAUGCGAAAUUGCUGGACUAUUUCGACUUGGGGUUCACCUCGUUGUCCCACAAGAUUUUGAAACCCGAAGAAUUUGUCAGUGACGUGGGGAGAUUUGGGGAUGAUUUGAACGACGGCGGGGAAAAAUACUUCAAACCACAGUAUCAUAAAGAAGUGCCAUUCGAUGGGUGGACGGUGUAUUCUGAGAAUAUUUGGGACCAGAUUGUGCAAAACAAGGAAUUGGACUUGCCAACCCAACAAGUGUUGGUCUCGAGGUUCAGAUGUGAUGAGAUCAUUACCGCGUCGAUGGAAAUCUUCGACACCAAUUUCAAGCGUGAAUUUCCAAAUUUCGACGGGAAAAACUUAAAGAUAGCCGGGGAUAUUCUGGAAGUGUUUAGCGGUUUGAAGAAAGAGCCGCUUGAGAACUAUGAUAAUUUGGCUUCGAGAUAUACCAAGAGUGUGUACGUUGAGAGAAGGAAACAAUUGGUGGAAAAAAUCGAUACUCAACUCGGACAGAUAUAUAAGACCUAUUUGAGUAAUAUCAAGAAAUCGGCGCUUCAAUUGUUUCAUGAUAAAAUUGUCGAAUUGAAGCUGAAAAAAUCACCAUUCACCGAAACUAUGGACACUGCCAGUGCCACUGGGUUGCAAUACUUUAAUGCCAACGUGAUUAAAGACAAUGCAAGUUUCAAGCACGAUAUUGAACUAGAAGAGUUGGAAAAAUCGUUACAGGAGUUGGUGGAAUCUCAAAGAACAAGAGAAAUCAAGUCGUUGAGCGGGAGAAUCGCCAAAAAAUUCAAUAGUGAGCUCAAGCAGAAAGUCAGCUAUUUACUUAACUCCCCCAAUGAAAAGACCUGGGACGAGAUUUCCUAUGUAUUUAAUGAGCUUGUAACUAAAGGCUUGGCGCCAUAUAAAAAGGGCAGCGGCUAUGAUUUUGGGCUUGGGUUGACUCCACAAAGAAACGAGAGAUUCUAUUAUAAAUUGAAGAAAAACUAUUGGAAAGCUUUUGGAACUAUCAUCCAUGAUUAUUUGAGUGAGGACAACGUGGUGAAGAUUCUUAGGGAUAAGUUUGAGGAUAAGUUUCGGUACGAUGAAGAAGGGAUUCCGAUGGUGUGGAAGAAUUCUGUGGAGAUUGACAUUCAAUACAAGAAUGCCAGAUCUGCGGCAUUGGCUUUGUUACCGAUCCUUUCUUUAGCCAAGACCAGUGACAAUAUUGAAAUUGUUCCUGAUUUACCAGACGUUGAGAUUUCUGGGGAUGAUGAUGUUGAUGAAGAAGAAGAAGAAGAUGAUGAUUUUGACCAACUGGAAUUCGCGCAUAUUUUAUCGGAUAUUCAACAAAAUAAUGUUUCUGGCAAGUUUAAGAAACAGAUUGACAUUAUUUACAUUGAUGCUAAACGGUCGACUAUCCAAUCGAUCUCGUCUAUUCCAUACUGGAUCUACGUGGUGAUUGUGAUUCUUGGAUGGAACGAGUUCAUGGCGGUGAUCCGCAACCCAUUAUAUUUCACCUUCUUGUCGAUUCUCUUGGUGGCGGCGUAUUUCAUCCAUCAAUUGAAUUUGUGGGGGCCGGUGAAGUUGGUGGUGAGCAACACCAUCAACGAGACUGCCAAGGUGUCGAAGGCGAAGCUUCGGGAGAUUUUGGUGGAGGAGCAUGAGCCAGCUGAGUCGAUUGCUAUGAAAGAUUUGAAGGAGUGA